AUGAAGAGAACAACACGAACGAUGGAUGUGCCAAAAUUACGCAAAAAUUUGAAGGGACGCGGUCGUAUCGCAGAAACAAUGUGUUGUGGGUUAGUUGCCUCUGGCCCGAGAUAUGUAUCGCUGAUGGUGUGCUGCUGCUUCUUCACCACUUCUAACAUGACACUUUACAGACAUUUCGGUGGAUUCGCAUACGUGAAAUUUGUAUUGCUGUGGCUGAGUUGUAUUGCGCUUGAUUUAUUGAUCGGAUUUCGUUUUGAGUUAUUAUAUCCGGUUUGGUUACUUAUGCGCAAUUGCUACGACUCAUUUCGAUUCCAGGGUUUCGCUUUCUCUGCAUUUUUUGUAUGUGCGACAGUAACAACGGACCUUAUAUGUUUUAUAUUUCUUCCCGUUCAGCUGCUAUUCUUCCUUGCAAGCACAUAUGUGUGGAUCCUUCUAAUUUGGCAGACAGCAGAACGAGGUAUUGGUUCAGCUCAUUUGCUUCUGUGGAUCGCUAUAAUAUCGUUCGAGUAUAAUUGGCGUUAUCGAGGAGAUUCGCCGCUGCAGCUUUUAAAAGGUUCGACGCUUGGGUUGGCACUCAAUUUUCUAACUGGUGGUAUAUUGACGAAAUGGCUAGAACUACGUGAUUUAUCAACCAAUAGCGAGGUUACAAGUGAUUCUUCGAAAGAAUGUUAUCCACCAGCACGAUUUGUUAAUCCUGUCGGUAAUUUUUUGGGUCGUUUUGGUGUCACAUUAAUGGCAGCUUUUGCACACAGUUCUUCGUUGACUUCAGAUGUUUGUCGUCCCUUUGCCGCACACUGCAUUGGAUAUCCAGUUGUUAUGUUUGGAUUUGGUCUCAAAACUUAUUUUAGACUUUGGCGAGUGAAAAGACGCCAGCGUGAAGUGUCUCUUGCUAACGAAGUAUAUUGUAAACUUCUAAUGGAGGCGUUACCUUCGUUAUAUGAAGGCCCGAAAAUAUAUUCGCGAUGUAACGGUACCGUAUUGCAGGACCAAGAACAAAUAGAGUAUGAAUCCGAAAUUUGCCCUGGUCCGUUGCAAAAUUUAGCUAUUUGUGCAUCACCUUCAUCAGCUGUCAUAGCACAUCGGAAGAACUCACGUGGGACGGGUUGGAAGCAAAAUAGUUGGAAGCAUGUGGCCAUUAAUUCCAAAAAAGUUUGUGCUCCCUCAAAUGGGUCAUCAUCAAUACGAAAGGAAAGAGUAGUAAGAGAAAAUAACGAUGAUGAUGAUACAGCUAGUUCUGUUUCACUGUCGGUCACUCCAAGAAUGUAUUUAUGGCGCAUAAUAUGGGAUUUACUUUGGGGCAUAAUGUUGUACAUAUUGGGUGGUGUUGUUGAGUCACCGUCACCAUCAUUAGACGAUCGUAUAUCACUGUCUUCAAAUGAAAUGGAAAGCGAGGAUGAAAUGAUGGACCAAGAAGAAACAUCAUCUCAACCAGACGACGCUUCACCAAGUUCUAAUCGUUUAGGAUCUAUUCAUCGGCAUUCAACCAGUUCCAAAAAAAAUAAAAUAUUCAUGUCGAGCUCGGGAAACUAUUCUCGAGCAAAAGGUGGGCGUUCACGGGGACGUCAUAUACAAAAUCACAAUGGCUAUAUCUUGUCGCCACUGACACCUGCAACUGCGUUAUCGUCGUCAACAUUGAGCGCUAACUGCGCAUUAAAUAAUAAUUUCUUAAAUCUGGCAGCUGGUAGUAUACAGCAGGAUAGGCAAAUGUACAAUUCUGCUAGCAGUACAGGUUAUCAAAGUAUAUCAAUUAGCGGUAUUAAUGUUGAAAAUGGAAAUCCGUCUGCAUGCGGUGCAACCACUUUUGAUAGGAAGGCCAGCGAAUAUGAUGCUGAAGAAUUGGAAACAUUACGUAAUGACUUACGUGUGGCACGAACACAAGAAACGGAAUUACGCUUCAUGCUACAGCAGUAUGUAAAUGGAGAAAAACGAUUGAAAGGGGAAUUACAUCAGUUAAAAUUGAAGCAAGAGCACAGUGAAAAUAAGCUUGCAAAUAUAAUGAAGGCACGCGAACAGGAUAAGUCAACGAUGCAGUUACUAGAAAAGAAAUUAAUUGAUAUACAAGUGAAAAAAAAUGAGUUAGAAAAAGAAUUAAAUGCAGAAAAGCGUAGCAAAAUUAAGGAAGAGCACGCUUCUGCGCGUGCAUUAGCCGCAGCGCAGUCAAACAGAGUUAUUGAAUGUGGUGAAGCAUGCAGAACAAGGAAGGCUGAUUUGGAAAAGGAACUAAGAAUCGUUCGACGUGAACUGAAGGCUAAGGAGGAACUUGUAAGUGAACAUGAAGAGGAAUUGCGGCAGUUACGGCAGUACAAAGAAAGCAAUGAUUUGCAGGGACUGCAUGCUACACUUCAAAUUAUUCGUGAGAAAAACACCCAUCUCGAGAACUCAUUGUCAGCAGAGAAUCGACUAAAACAGAAAUUAUUUUAUGCUUUAAAUGAAGCACGAGGACAGAUGGCUGAUUUCCGGCACUCGAAAAUGAAGGCUGUAACUGUUGAAAGUUAUGUUACAGAACAGCUUCUUGCAAAAGAAGCAGAUUUGCGUCUGAAAAAUGUUGAGUUAAUGAAUUUGCGAGGGCGAUUUGGAAGUGGUACAGAUGACCAAUCAAAAUUAUCACCUACUGGAGAUAAUCGAGUAUCGCUCCAAGUGAAAACAACACGCUGCAGUCCAGCAGGUAGCGCUGUUAUGCAAUCUGUUGUCAGUGAUAUUAGCGGCAUUAUGAAACCACAUGUAGUAACAGAACAGGACAUUUUCAACAGUACGGGCAAUACUUACAUGCCAUAUACAUUCAUCACACACUCAUCUCAUGAUGAACAUUCCCUGUUUGAUAGUCCAGUCACGAUAUCCCACCAGACUUCUACGAUACCGCCAGACUCGGUGAAUCCACCUCCGUCAUCAUGUCUCUCCAACGUCAGUUCGGACGCUUUUCGUUUCACAAACAGCAAAUUUAGCCCAGCAUCGACUAACACCAGCCCUCCAAAAAAUUCGUAA